CGAAAAUCACUCGACCUCUAUACACUACACUCGUCGUUAAAACUAGAAAACCCUAAAAUCAAUCCUUCCUCAACUUGAUAAUCAAAUCUCCUCCCUUAAAAGAAGGGAAGACAAAAUCCCAACAGUAUCUUGACUUUGUGAGAUAUGGACCGGAUCAGUGGACUAUCUGAUGAAACUCUGGCUAAGAUAUUAUCUUUUCUUCCGACGAAAGUUGCUGUAUCGACUAGCAUCCUGUCUAAGCGAUGGGAUCGUCUAUGGUUACUGGUGCCUAACCUUGAUUUCAAAGAUUUCAAUGGUUUCGAAGAUGACGAAGACAUUUUCAGUUGUUCAGAUGAUGAAGAAGACACUACUGAUAUCAAUCGUUCAAAGACUUCACGCCUUAGGUAUUAUCUCAACAAGAAUCUGCCAUUGCAUAAAGCUCCGACCAUAGAUAGCUUGCGUCUUAGUUUCUGUCGUAGAUCAGCUCGACAUGAGGACAUCGAAGAAUGGGUUGGAGUCGCAGUUUCUCGCUGCCUCCGUGAGCUAAGUAUCUACUAUUCUUCUCUCUCUGGCGACCCUGAUAUAGUGUUGCCGAGUAGUUUGUACACAUGCAAAUCGCUAGUGACUAUGAAACUUGAAGGAAUUUUGAUUCUUGUGGAUGUUCCAAGAAAGGGUCGUCUCCCUUCCUUGAAAACAUUGCAGAUUCGAAACGUGACAUACUCAAAGAAAAACACUCUUCAACGGCUUCUAUCCUUUUGCCCUGUUCUGGAAGAUUUGGCUAUUGAACAUGAUAGUAGGUAUGGGUUGGCUAUUAUCUCCCCGUCCUUGCAGAGGUUAUCCUUAAGGGUAGACCGUGAUUGUCGUUCUGAUGGGUAUGUGAUCGAUACUCCUUCUUUGAAGCAUUUGAUAGUUACUGAUCGCAGAAUCAGUUUUUCUUAUUCGAUUAAGCAUAUGCCAAAGCUGGAAGAGGCAAAGAUCGUUGUUGAGGAUGGUCUGAGCCAGUUUCUAGAAUCAAUCACAUCUGUCAAGCGUCUUUCGUUAACAGUGUUUCAAAACAAUCACGAAGAGUCUAUGUACCGUGCUGGUAUUGUAUUCGACCACCUUGAACAUCUGAAGUUCAGUAUAUGCGUGAGUUAUUGGUCGAAGUUACUUGUCAGGUUGCUCAAUGAUGCUCCUAAACUGCGAGUCCUUAAUCUCUCCGUUGGUCAUUUUUGGAAUGAGGGGUUUAGCUGGAGCAAUGAACGAAGCUCGGUUCCCAAAUGUUUGUUGAAGAGUCUUGAAACUUUCAAGUUUGCAGGGUACAAGGGAAAACUAGAAGAGAGAGAUUUCUUGAGUUUUCUCUUCAAAAAUGCUUGUUGCUUGAAGUCUCCAUCAAUCUUGAGCUGAUCAUGUUCUGUUCCACAAGAGAGAUUUGAUAAUGAUCAAAGAUGUUACGUUUAUGGAUGUUAGGUUUGUUUUGUCUUUCAAGAAUUAGGUAUUUAAUUAGAUGUGGAACUUUGCUUUCAGGCAACACGUGUGUCUUCUGACCAUGUGGUUAAUUCUAUGUUUUGGUUUUUAAUGUUUUAACUUACAAUUAGUAUGUAUGUGCCUUGCGACUUAAGUCUCUUACGAAA